AAGGAAGAUAGAAAAUAUUACAUAAAAAAAUUAAAUCAAUAUAAAUAAAAAUUAAAUAAUUUUUAAAUAACUAUCAACAGCUACAGAUAAAAAAAACUAAAGCUAAUUCUCUGCGGAAUUUAUUUAAAAUAAUUAUAAAAUCACUACAAAUUACAAACUGAUCGCAAACACUUGCAAAAUAAUACACACGUACAUAUGUAUGUGUGUAUGUGCAAGCACAAAAUUCCAAACAACGGCGUUGGAAACAAUUUUAUGCAACAACAAAAUUCACCAAACGUGCUAACAUAAUUCGAGUGCCUACAAAAUCUGCAUUGCACGUAAUCUAAAUACAUAUCUGAGUGUGUGGUGCGCGGUGAUACAUAUUUACGAGUAUUGUAUGCAUCAAAAGUGCUAAUUGUGCCAAAUUCGCCUACUCACAUACACAUAUUCAUAUACAUAUGCAUACAUACGAACAUAAGUGCAAACAUAUACGGGUUAGUAGGCAUUUGGGCGAAAUUUUACAAAUACUAGCGAACCCUUUAAGUUUAGUGUUAUUGUAGCAUUAUUGCAAAUGUGUUUGUAAGUUUGUGAAAUUCUGAUUGCAUAUGCAAUAUACACAUACGUGUAUAUGAGUUUGUGUUGCUAUAUUUGCAAAUCAUUAUUGGCAUCGACGUCAAUCAGUUUCGUUCAAUCAUUAGUCAAUAUUAUUUAAACGGAAAGCAGAAUUCUGUUAAGCUGCCUGGCACUUACAUAAAUACAUGCGCAACUACCGUAAAUUGUCAUAUGUAUAACAAUAAUAAUUCAUGUAAAACACCCACAUCUACUGUAAACAACAAAAUGCCCAAAUCGUCAUUGCCACCAAUGCCACAACUGGUUCUGCUGAAAUUCUCACAGCCUUUGAAGAGCCUGCUCGCCACAGCACUGCUGCUUUGCUGCCUGCAAUCGUUGCAAAUCAACUGCCAUGCCCUCCUACUCAAAUGUCCACUUUAUCAAAUGCAUCUACAGAAAAUUGUUGGCUUCCGGCCGCCACUGGAAUAUCUAACCGCACAAAACCUCAUCUACUCACCAGCAUACAAUUUUAAGGAUCGCAAUCGCCACAGGCGUGAAGGUUACAGCAUAGUGGGUGCGACAGAUGGCCAAAGCCAGAAUCCGGCAAUUGCCAGCGAUACAGCGAGCGCCAUUUGUUGGCGGAUGUGUAAUGAGGAUAGCGAUUGUAUGGCCUACGUUCAUCUAUUGGACACAAACGAGUGCUAUGGUUAUUCGUAUUUUGAGCGUUCGCAACGCUAUCAGGCCAUAGCCAAUGAACUGCCAUUGGUGGCGGAUGCUGAGGCGCUGUUCUAUGAGAAAACCUGUCUGAAGGUGCCCGAAGUGUGCAAACAACGCAAAUGGACACUUACAAAAAUUCCCGGUACGAGUCUGGUGUUUCAGGGAAAGAAGACAAUAGCGACGCUGGUCACGCGACGUGAAUGCGCUGAGCGCUGUCUGUUCGAAAGCGAAUUUAAAUGUCUGUCCGCAUCGUUUGCGCCAUCGUACCGCAACAAUCGUGAGAGAUUCAGUCAACAUGUACCACAGGCGGAAUCCCACAGCAAUCAGCAACAAUAUCAACACCAACAACAAUCACAACACAACACAUUGGGACGUUGUAUACUCAGUGAUAAAGAUAAAAUGAUACAACCCGAUGCUUUCCGGGCUGCACCCUACGAUGAAGAAUACAUGGAAAAUCAAUGUUACGAGCGAGCGAUCGAGAACGAUAACUGUUCAUACGAAUUGUAUGCGAACAGUAGCUUCAUUUAUGCGGAAGCAAAAUAUUUGGGUCUAACCCAGAAAGAGUGUCAAUCCUACUGUACGCACGAGACGAAAUUCUACUGCCAAGGCGUUUCGUUCUACUUCGAACGCAAUAUAGCCAACUCGGAGUGCCUGCUGCACUCAGAGGAUAUCAUAUCGAUGGGGCCACGCAGCUUGAAACUGCGAGAAAAGUCAGUCUACAUGCGUCGUGUCAAAUGCUUAGAUGUGCAAGUUCUGUGUACACAAGAGGAAAUGACCAUCAAGUAUGCGCCGAAAGAUUGGUUUCAUGGCAAAAUGUAUGCGAACAUGCAUUCAAAACAGUGUAUGGUGCUGGGUAAUGGCACAAGUAGCACAGUGCUGAGUCUGCCGAUCGGUACUGAGGUCAAAGAGAAUCGUUGCGGUAUAUUGCGUGCUUACGAAGUCACCAAAGCAUAUCAAAGAAUUUUCAUAUCCGCGCUGGUGGUGAUACAAAAUAAUCCGAACGUGCAAACGCAGGGCGACCGACUCAUCAAAGUUGGUUGCAUAAUGAGCAAUUCGACGAUGCGCAAGGAUGGGCACACUGAUGGACGCAGUGAUGAGGAUGUGGUAGAGGGCGAAGAUAUACCAAAUGCGAUUGCAUUAGAAUCAUCAUUGGAGUUCGCACAGCACAUGCUGCCAAACGAGGGCUCACUACUCUUCAAUAGCACCGAUGUGCCGCUCCUACCAAAAAUCAUUUUACAAAUUGUCGAUCUCUCGCAUCAACACGAAACAAAUGAUGUGCAAAUUGGACAGAAUUUGGAAUUACAAAUCAUUGCUGAAUACACGCAACACCAGCAACAGUUGGUUAACUAUGCACUGCCACCACUGCCCGACUUUCGUGCGACCUCGUUGAUCGCCAAAACUCAGGACAAUCAAAAUUUCGUGCAACUAAUCGAUGAGCGUGGCUGUCCCAUUGAUGUGGCGGUAUUUCCUGCGUUAGAGCGUGUACGCUCCACUACUCAAAAUAUGCUGCGCGCACGUUUUCAUGCCUUCAAAUUUGCGGGCUCUUCGUUGGUGAACUUCGAUGUUAAAAUACGUUUUUGUACUCAACGUUGUCGGGAGGAUAAUUGCUAUCCUCACGGUAGUGAUGGUGGUGGUGGUGAUGGUGGUAUUAGCACCAGCACCAGCACCAACGAGGGUGACAGCUUUAGUAGUACUGCCGCGAAUCGUGUAAGACGAGCUGCAAGACGGCGUCGUGAGGCACAGGAGCCAGAUUCAACGUUUUCCGGUCGUUUUAAAGUACAAAAUCCGGUUUAUAUAUCAACUGUGAUGGAUGUGGUUGACGACCACCUGGAGCUGAUGAAUUCAACAGAUGACUCAAAGACGGAAAAUAUGUCACUUCAAGAUUUGGGCGUACUGCCUUUGAACUAUAAUUUGCAUGUACGCGGCCCCGAUCAGGUUAGCAGUAAUAGUUUCAUUUACGGCGAGCGUGGCAUCUUGUUGAUCGCAGGCAUUGAUCGCAUGCAAUUUGACAGCCUUUGCUUGAAUCAAAGUCUGCUCAUCGCUGUACUGAUCUUCUGGCUUAUCUUCCAAGUGGCGCUCAUGUUCAGUUGUUGCUAUGUCAUACAGAAGUACAAACGUUUGGCGGUAAUGGAUGAAGAGCGUCGCAAGAUCAAAGAGAGUCUGGACUAUCUCGAAAGUCGACGUGUGCAUUGGGCGGAUCAAGGAGGUUACACACUUUGAUGCUAAGCAAUUCUAAAUUAGCACUUCUUUGUAUUAGAUUGUAAAUAAAAAGUUAUGGUAUCACUAAGUAAAAGACAUAAAGGUUACUUAAUUU